GGGGAACUACGUGGCUUCUGUUAGUUCAUUAAAACUGUAUUGUAUAUAUUGGAUGUGUUUUGUUGCGGAGCGCAAUAUUAAAGAUAUAGCUACCGCAGUUUUAGUUCCGUUGAUUAUGGCUGACACAAGCAACAACUCAAAAGAAAACGAUCAACAUAAUGACAUGGAUAAAAAGGGAAUACCAAAGGCUGAGUUCAUCGAAGAUGUAGAUGCUUACAUGAAAGCCAAUAAUUUUUCAACUCUUAUGGAAGCUGGACGUUCUUUCGAAGAAUUAUACCAAAAAUAUAAAAUUAUUGAACAGGCUCUAUUACAGCGUAAAAUAAGAUUAAUGCAACAGUUACCAGAUAUACAGAAAACUUUAGCUGUUGUCCGACAAUUACAAAAACAAAAUACUAAUUUAGACGUAACUUUUGAAAUAUCUAACCAGUUAUAUACACGUGCUCAUAUUCCCAAAGCAGAUCGAGUUGGUUUAUGGUUAGGUGCCAAUGUCAUGUUAGAAUAUGAUCUAGAGGAAGCUGACAAAAUACUAGUUGAAAACGAAAAAUCAGCUGAACAAUCCUUGCAAGAUGUAGAUCAAACAUUAGAAUUUCUUAAAAAUCAAACAACUACAGUCGAAGUAAAUUUGGCUCGCUUACACAAUUUGUCUGUAAAACGUGGACGUCAAAACCAGUCAUCUGAAGUGAAUGCAUGAACAAAAAAUCAAUAUGAUGGAAUUCCAGCAAGUACUACUUAAGAACAGACUGUCACUUAUGAAAAUUUCCAGAUAUUAGUAUAUAUAUAUAUCAUCUAAGUUCAAUGGACAUCUUUAUGUGUACAUUACGUAGGUUUACUUGGUUUUACAUUUUUCUGAAAAAAUUACUCUUCACACGCAAACUGUAAAUUGUUUCAACGGCUAUUUAAAGUUAAGCAAUCUCUUACUUUUCUCACUGAGUAUUUAGUUCUAUGUUUCAUAUACCUCUGUUGUUUCUAGCGGUUGCUUCAAUGAACCACAAUCUCAGUACACUACUUGUUUUCAGUCGAAGCAGUAAACUGUAAAAAAAAAACAGUCGAAAUCUUUUUUUUCUCGUGUGGAGACGCUCUAUCACUUACUCUCGAAACAUUACUCUAAAUAGUGUAUAAAUCUUUAUCAUAUUGCUUUGAAUUUUUGUUUUUGUUUAAUAGUGAUAUUAAUAAAAACUAUUGAUAACUUUUUUCACUAACGAUAAGAUAAAAAUGUUAUGGUGUAGAAGUAAGUUGUAAGAAAGCUAGGGGCGGCUAGACCGAAACAUGUCACAAAUCCAUGAAGUUACUGAACCAUAUUAGUGGAUGUAGACUACUUGGUUAGGAUCCGCA